AUGCUUGAAAUGAGCAACGUUGGAUCCUAUCCUCCUGUCUUUCGCCAACUGAAUGCUGUUUUUCCUCAACAAAACAGCUACUCCAUUGAAGACACCCAAGAUUCAGUUCCGGUUCCUAUGGUGGAUCUUCAAUGGCUUAGCCUGCACAAGCUCGAUGAAACUUGUAAGAAAUGGGGUAUUUUUCGUUUGGUUAACCACGGGAUUCCUUCAACCCUUCUGACCAAACUCCAGCACCAUGCUAACAUGCUGUUUUCUUUGUCCUUUGAGUCCAAGCAAGCUUUAAUCACUAACCCUAUGUCUUAUUUCUGGGGUACCCCUGCCUUAACUUCGUCUGGGACUGCCCUAAACGGUGCGUCCCCGAAUUUGAACUGGUUGGAAGGUUUCAAUGUUCCACUGAGUCAACUCCCACAAUUUCAAUCUGAGGAUCCCUUGCUUCAUGGUUUCAGGCUUUUGUUGGAAGAAUAUGGGAGGCACCUUUCAAGAAUUGCCACAACCUUGUUUGAAUCAAUGGCCAAGAAUCUCGAUCUGGAUCCGAAACAAUCCGAGUCUAUGUUAAAAGAAUCAACCGGAUUCAUUCGCGUUUACCGGUAUCCGCCACUCCCCUACAAGGCCGGUGAGGCUUGGGGCAUGAUCCCACACACCGAUAGUUCGGUGCUUUCGAUAGUGAACCAAGACCAUGUUGGAGGACUAGAAAUUUUCAAGGACAAUAAGUGGCUCCUGGUGAACCCAAUUCCAAACACCCUCGUAGUCCAUAUUGGUGACAUGAUGCAGGCGAUAAGCGACGACGAAUACAUGGGCGUGAAACACAGGGUGAGAGUGAAGACGCAGGAGGAGCGGCUCUCAAUCUGUUACUUUGUAUUCCCAGCCGAAGACAGUGUGAUCCACAGCUCAAAAUACAAACCUUUUACUUACAAAGAUUUCCAAGAACAAGUACAAAGGGACACCUUGUCUCUAGGAUAUAAAGUUGGCCUCCAAAGGUUCAAAGUUUAAUGCUCUGC